CUUAAAAGAGCGCAGGUCUGUCGGGGAAGGAUAUUUGCUCAACAUCGCCGUGAAAGCUGCGAGUGUGUAGCACUCAGUAUGCAGGCGACGGCAGUUGUGUUCGUGACGGUGCUGCUGAUGGUGGGACGCUGCACAGCUGUCGAUCCUGAGGCCGCUGAUAACGCCGUGGAGGACCCUGGGGCUGCGGUGGGGGCGGCGGGGGAGGAACUGGUCAAGGAGAGUCGACUGGGGGCCAAGGCCUCCCCGCGCAGCCGCUUCCCCGCCGCCAUGAUCGGCUACAACCGCUACUACCCGGAGUACAGCCCCGAUUUUUACUACCCUCCGGGCUACCCGAGAUAUUACCCUUCCUAUCCCAACAAUUACUAUCCCACCUACCCCACAGUUAACUACCCUCCUGUGAACUAUCCCACAAAUAACUAUUACCCGACGGGCUACCCUCCCUACUAUCCCUACGACUACGUCCCCUACGGUUCAGGUGUCAACGAAUAUUCUGCUAGACACGAAAGGGCCUGAGUUACUUUUGAACGCGAAAUAUCCACUUGCAGUGUCUGACAAUAAAAUUUUAUUACCAUAGUUUAGCUAAUUAGGUCCACUUCCAAAGUAUUUUCACCAACUGAAAUAAUAUUAUUUUCUUAUUAUCUCGUUUGUUUAUUACUAACUUAUGUCUUUCCAAGGCCCUAUUGUCACAUCUUAAUGGCCACUUGUAGCACAUACUGAUAAGCCUAAUUUAUUGUUUACUACUUUUUACUGCAAUUAUACAAAGAUUAUUCUCCCUACCACGGUGACUGCAUUCCGAUCCUCUGGUGACUGGUUGUUACCUGUCUUUUGAAGCUCAGACAUGACAUUCUGUAAUACAUCUGCACAUUAUGCACUAGAUUCCUUAAUCAUCCCCGUGAUGUUAUCGUGCAAUCAUCUUGUCGCGCUUAUUUUUCACUCUGUCCCUAAAUUUCUUCUAUUCUGAUAAGUUGCUCAACAACCAUAUGAAUAGGCGCCUAGCUCAUUAGCGAAUCUGGCUCAUCAGUGAAUCUGUUUCGAGAUACGUGAAUGUUCCGAUAGCAAUCACACUGGACAUUUCACAUUCUUUCAUAAUCUUUCUUGAUGGAAUUAUGUUUUGUAAAUACUACAUACUAAAAAACCCCUUAAAAUGAAUAGUAGUUCGUAAUACAAGGAUGCACGCUGAAAAUACCUUACCGGAGCGCAUAUUUAACAUAAACAUUCGAACAGAGGAGAGAAAUAUUCUUCAGAAUGUGGGUAUAUUGUUUCCCACAUGAUAAAAACAGAUUAUUGAUGAGUUUGAGAACUCAGUCGUAGCUCAUAUCUGUGGCUCUCCAACAAAAAGUAUAACGAACAGUUUUCUGAAGUCAAGUCGUCUUGUACAAUGAAGAGUAAUUGUAUUCCUUGGUAUGUUUCGAUCGCUACCAGAAUGUCGGAAUGAAACUGCCUAAUUUGCGGUAGAGCUGAUUUGUUUACAGGUAGUGUAAUUUUUCACGUAUCACCGGAAACUGUAUCUGUAAGGCGUCAAGUUGCAACAAUAGACAGUAACGUCCUCUCUAAGAAUUUCACAACCUGAAUAAUACAUGACGUUUUCUUGAAUAACUCUGUAACAAGUUAUUUCUUUGUGCUGAUGUAUCUCACCAAGCUAAAAUAUUUUUACCGCUUCGUAGAUAUAAAUUCUGCACAAACUAUGUAAACCUUUUUUUGUAUUUUAAAAAUAAAGAGUAAUUUUUAAGUAAAGAAAA